GACUACCACUUCAUGUACUCACCUCAUUGCAGUGAUAGAUGCAAUAUCUCCUACGCUGAUCACAAUCACCAACCUUCUCUAGCUCGAUAAAGGUAUAUUCAAUCAAGAAAAUGGCAUCAUUCCAGUGUGAGAAGAAAUAUGUUAGUGAUGUGCAAGCUGUUCGCUCCUUGAAGUCUCAGGAACUGUUUAAGAAAUCCCAUGCCCUGGUUGUUGAAAAAGAAUGCCUAGCCAAUGAUGCAGCUACCAAACUGCAAAUUGUCGUAGUAGAAGGCACUUUGAAGAAUGAAACAAAGGAGCCGCUGAGUAUUAUGGAUAGCAAGAUAUAUGCAGGGCACUCUCUCAAAAAGUUCCCCGAUACUGUUAGCAAAUCCGACGAUUUCAGCAUGGCAGCCUUGUACCCUAAAGGUGUGAAGGCAGCUGUGGUGUACUCCGGCACGAACAGAAUUGGUGUUGAAUGCGGAUGGCUCCUUGCUUUUACAGACACCGAGGCUACUGGAAGGAGGAUAUAUGCGGAAUGUGGCCGUAAAGGUAAAUUCGACAACAUAAACUGGGAACAAAUUGAACAGAAACUAGAUGCAUCUGGAGAAACUGCUAAGCCUCAUGACCUCCUUACUGCGACUGCGGUCUAUGCUAGCAUUGCCAACUCUGAUGGGAAAUCUGUUGUUGUAGCCACAUUCUUUGGCUAAACAAGUUUCAACAGUAAUUAACGUAUUACAUCUGGUGGACCGUUAUAUAUUGUAAUAAUCUCGCAACUGUGUUGCCAUUAGCAAUCAUCUGUGAUCUGCUACCCAAUUACAUGUUUAUGUUUUUCCUUUGCACUAUGUAAUAAAUAAGUCAUGGGAUCACCUGAGUGUGCAAGGCGUUAAGUGUUGCUCUUCAUGAUGUAAUAAUAACUAGAUCCACCGGAUAAUCAUAUAUUGGGUCCUUUUAUUAA